GAUGUAUGACCAUGUAACUUGGAGCAACAUUUGGAUGAAUGUGACCAGCUGUUCAGACUUUUUUUCUUUUUUGGUCCAUGUAAAACUCAUAAAGAAGCAUAAAAAGCAUUACUUCAUCCACCACAUGGGCAGGCAGGAAUGUGGUAAUACAAUAGCAAUUCUGCACCGGCAACCCUACAAAGCAGUUGAUGUCUACAUUAGGAGGGAAAUGAAAGAAUAGCUUCUUCACGUGAACGUCAGAGGAAAUCAAGUAGUCGGAAUGUAGCCACCAGUAUCGGAAUUUGGCCAGGACGCUAGUUUAACACCCUAUGAAUAUACUGUAUCUUUCUAACGCGCCAGUGGCUAAAAAAGCACUUUACCUGUGGAAGGUGCCUCAUAGGUAUUUGAUUCCCUGUUUGCACAGCUUUCCCUGCUGGAGAAGAACAAAGGGACAGUUACAGGGAUAGGUGAUGAAUAGCUGCUUCCUAGCAGAUAGAAUUAUAAACAGUUACCUCUGGUGGGACACUUUCUGAAGAGCACGAUCAGCAGCUGGAUGAUGACAAGGAUGAAAAUACAAGACAGCCCAACGUAUAACACAUAACUGCAGUUUUCUUUCCUGGCCCCAUCUGCAGAGAGAAGAGAACAAUGUUCGGCGCUGAGCAAAGAUUUGUUAGGGGAAAAAUCCCAUUAAAAAGAGUGGGUCUGUGUCAUCCCUUUCUCCUGGAACGCCAUGCACAGAAGUGAGACCUUCCCUCCAAAAUCCACCGUCUCGGGUCAUUGUCACACUCCCCACCUGGAGGUGGUGCCAUUGGGGCCGGUUGACCACUUGGUGCUGGAUUCAGGCCAUUGGUAGCCCGAGAUCCACUUUUCCACUGAAAAUGGUUGCGAUGGAAAAUCUCCCAUCAGCCUCAAGGUCCUGCUGAGCUCCUUACUAAUUUGACGUGUCUGAGUAGCACCACUGAAGGGACUGAAGAAACCUGUAAAAGGGCCCCACCAGAACCAGGGGUAGGAGAAGCCCUAAGGCAAGGAUUCCACCGGGGACCAGCAGAACUGUGGGGUGAGGUCCCGUGCAACCCCUGAAGGAGAGAGACCCGGCUGGAGUCUCGGAGGAAGGUUGAGUGAUACAGUUUCCAUCCCAGAAUGGAGUACAAGAAACUGAGGCAGGGAUGCAACUAUGAUUCUACAAUGGACCACCAGGGGGCACUCCAGGACCGAGUCCCCCACCACUUCGCACCUCAGUCAGGCCACGUGCCAUGACAUAGGUGGCAUAGCAGGUUCUCAUAAAACCCAUGACACCUCUACAGCCUCGUAAAUGCGAUGCCAAAAAGGACCAAUGCUGCACAGAUUCAUGCCCCAGUGGGUGUUCUGGAUGUGCACAGGUUGCAGGAUUGGAUCCAACCUGCAGAGUAAGAAGAUUGGUGACAUGGCAAAGUCCAACCUCUCCCAUAUUCUGGAAAUACAGAAAAGGAGGCAUUAGUUCUGUCAUUUCUGAAACAAGCUGCGGCUUUCACUUUGGUGAUUUAAAUGGUGACUAAAGUCCUCCGAGCCUGGCCUCCAAAUGUCAUUACUGUGUUGGGAGCACAGUUAUCUCUGUACCCGACUCAGCAAUUCCUGUUUGUCGGAAUUAGUGCUACGGCAAAGAUCCCCUGUUCUUCCAAAGAAAAACUGGAAGGAGGUGGCAUUUCGGUUUAUUGGUACAGGAGAAGAGAAGGCGAGGGGCCCACCUGCAUCAAGAAAUGCUUAAAUGAUCAAAAUGUAAGUAAGUUUGCCUGCAAACCCGAGACACACGGCAUGACACUGGAAAUCUACAACGUCCAGCAGAACGAGUCUGGUGACUAUUACUGUGCUGUUAAAACCAGCAGCUAUCUGAUUUUCGGCAAUGGAUCCACACUGAUUGUUGGAGACAGCUACACCACCAGCAGCUGGGUUUUGCUUCUGGUUCCAUCUCCCCACGGCCUCAUCUCCACUGGGAUGGUUGAUCUGGCUUGCAUUGUCCACGGAGUCUCCAACCCAGUCCAAAUUUUCUGGAAUAUUUCUGGGGAUCGGCAGGAACAAGCACUAAUGCGAUCACUGAAAGCAAAGGAUGGAUCCUUAAUGCUCAUAAGUCACAUUAGCAUCCCAAAAGACACCUGGACCAAUGUGAAAAUUUUCACGUGUGAAGUCAAAUUCAACUCUUCUGGCAGCAGAGUUAAGAAAAGUGCCAGGUAUUUUGAACUCCAUCCCAGCGGGUGUGUGCCGCAGAUAUUGCACCACGUGGUGGCAGUUUUCCUGGUGGGGUUGAUGGUGUCUCUGAGUCUGGCUUGGAUUCGCUGCUGUUCCAGUCCAGGCUCAAAGGGUUUAUGCCCGAGUGAAGUUUCAGUCAAGGAAUCACAACCAGAUCAGGAUGCAGUGGCUGAUGGACGAGAAAAAUCCUAACCCACACUGAGAUCCGAGCCUGGAAACUCACAGCUGGUUCGCUGCUGACCUCAACGACGGCAGCCAUUUUGUAAGAUGGUGUCUUUCUGUAAAAGCUGUUGGUUUGUUUUUACUGCUUCUGCUCUUCACCGCUGCUGCAUGUGGCUCCGUUGCAAAAUAUAAUUAAAAAGUAACCCGACUUGUCCACCUCCUAGAGUAUAAAUAGCAGGAAGUCACAGAAAGAACCAAACCCACGGAGGUGAGAGAUUUCCUGCUGCGAUAGGCAAGACAUUGUCAUGCCUGUGAGGGGGCUGCUGGCCCCUUCCUGACACUUACUGGGGUUCUUUGGUCGGCCCUUUCCCACUACCAAAAGAAAGGGGACGGGCCGAUGAGAAACUGACAGUGCUCGGGGUCAAUGGGGAGAGGCCGAUGCACCAAGUCAGCUAGAUUGACAGGGCAGGCAGGCCAAUGAGGGAGCCAGGAGCCUGGAGGGCCCGUCCUCCGUCUGAGGUUUACCUGCCUACGGCAGACUGAGUAGGGCCGAGCUAAGGGGAGAGCAGCAGCCGGAGCUGAGGUCGAGGCAGAGGGGUCAGGGAGCAGCCCAGAUGGCAGAGCUGGGCUGGGGGCAGAGCUGGGCUGGGGGCAGAGCAGACCAGCCGCUGACAGGGAGCCGGGCUGAGCUGCAGCGGGGAGCUGCUGGGCCGGAGCUGGGGAGUGGACGCCGGCCCCGCCGCACGUAACACUGAGCCGAGCGCGCUGAGCGGCUGGCGAGAGUGAGGGGGACUCUGGGCGCAGGGAGACGUCGCCAGACAAGAGGUCUUGCAGGCCAGACUCGGAGCAGGGACAUGAACCCGAUGGGAUGGCUGGUGCUGGGGAGAAGGGUCCUGCCAUCUAGAUCCUGAGGGCGAGUAGCCACCCCCAAGGCAGGUGUCUGACUCGGGGUAUCACCGCAGCACAGCCAGGGCCUGGGACGUGUGAGGAACAGACUGUGAGCUCCUCUGACAUCCCAGAGUCUCCUGUGUCCACUAGGUGGAGUUCCUUGUUCCCUUUAACCUUUCCCAUUUUUUCCCCAAUUUUCUUUUACAGUUGUUGUUUAGUGGAUUGCAUUGGGUUUGAACUAUCUGUAUUGAUCCGGGGGUCAGGGAAGCGUCCGGUGUGGAGAGAGGAACCCAGAGUGCGGACACCCUCUCCCCUGUCCCGUGCAGCAAAGUCCUCACAUCCUCGACAAGACUGGGGUUUCAGCCUCCCAGGAAUCCUGGGCCCAGCCUUGUUGGCGUUUUGCCGCAUGGGAGACUGGAAAGGGAGUCCUCAAGGUCAGACAGGCCUCUGAGUAAAGGGAGUUGGAGUGAGGACUCAGAUCCGUUCGAUGGUCAAUUCCAUU